AUGCAGUGGUGCCCAUCCGCAGCCGCCGCCUGUCCCUCCCAGCCUUUGACUCGCGCCCUUAGCUGCUGUUCAAGCAGCGGGCUGUGCAAGACCUGGGUGGUCCGCCUCCCAAAUGGCGCGUACAAGUACAUGUCCGCGUACACGGACUACUUCGGUCAAGUGUGGACCGAUUAUUUCUACUAUUGGCCAUACGACUAUCCCAAGGAUUCAAGUCUCCUUGGAUGGGACAACAACUUGUGGGAGCAGGGUGUGGACAUGAUGCUGGCCACACACAAAGUGUGCUUGCAGGUGGAGGAGCACUUGGGAAUGUAUUGA